AUGGCUACGUUCAUGUAUUAUCCAGGCCAUGUUGCCAACAGUGGUGUUCGUCAUGGAGCUCCAAUGAAUCAGCAACAACAGCAACAAGGGCCAACCUAUCUAGCUGCAGGUAACCAAGGAACGAUUAAUCCUUACGGAUAUUAUCAGCAACAGCCCAUGCAGCAUCCUGUUCAGCAGCCCGUGCAUCCGAUGGCACAUCAACAGUCCUACUUUAAUCAAGGACUGGUGCCACCACCUAUUCAGCAUCAUCCUCAUGCCUGUCAUCGCCAUACGUGUAGUUUCCCACAGGCGACUUUGCCUCCUAUGGGAAUGUUUUAUGGUGUGCCCCCUGCUCCCAUAUUACCACCGUUGGCUAUCGAAGAACCUGUUGCUCGUGAGGAAUCUGUCAAUGGUGGUGUAAAUCAAUUUUUGGAUUAUGAUUUGGAUCUGAUUUCAGAUUUCGUUGUCAAAAAUGCAUAUAUUGCAUUCGGUACUGAUGCGAGCACUAUCAUAAGAGAGACAAACUCUACCGAAAAUAUCGAUCUUUUUACUAAGGGCGUCUCUUCAGUUCUAAAUGCUACGAGAUUGCCAUCAGUUACCAUAUUUUUGGCAAUAGAUUUAUUGCAUAAGUACAUUUCAAAAUUGCCCCAAGGCAUCGAAAGUCUUGGAGGUAAAUCGGUAAAUGUUAUUUAUCAAAAUACAAUGAUUGCUUUAGUUCUAGCCAAUAAAUUUAAUGAUGAUAAGACCUUUACUAAUAAGUCAUGGACUCAGGCAACCGGAAUGACUCUGAAUUCUGUUAAUGACUAUGAAAAAGAGUGGCUAGAAGUACUUGAAUGGAGAUUGUUUCAAGACAAGUUUACUUCAUAUGAAAAACUUUCUCACUCCUUUGAAUUGUUUUGUCAAGAUAAAAGAUGUCCAUCUCCACCAAAUUUGUUACCGACACCUCAUUCUACUGAUAACUACUUAUCACCAUUGUCUGGCUAUCAAACACCGGCCCAAUUAAAGGCAAAUAUCUAUUCAUCUCCCUGUUACUAUAACGAAGAUCCAAAUGAUUGUCUUCAUAGUAAUCGUUCCAGAAUUGGUGUGAUGAAUAGCUCUCCCAUUAAUCGUAUCCAAACUUCUCAAAGUGUUGGUGUUUUUGGUAUGAAUGGUAGUACCAAUUAUAAUCCAAGCUAUUUUCAAUAUGGAAUGCAGCAACCAAAUGUGGAAUCGAUUAAUAUGGGGGUUUCUCCUAAUAGAUCGUGGACUGUCGACGAAAAUUUCCACAAUCCUUCGAAACUGGCUCAAAUGGACAGCAGUUAUUAUUGUUAUUCUGCUGUUUAUUGA